AGUUGGGUUUUUUUUGGGGGGGUGAGGAUUGACUGGCUGUUCAGAGUGGGGAGGAUGCUGGAUGGAAGGAUGGUCUACCGUAUGAUAAUUUACCUACCGGAGUGCAGGGCAAUAACUGGCAUACCGGACGAGUAGGCCUUGCUAUGUUUAUUCGCGGUGUUAUAGAUAAGAUGUUAUUACCGUAUUCCUGUAUAAUACCCACCCUGUGAAAAUCGUGAAUGCUCGGUUCUCCUUUUCCUCCCCUUAUCGGUGCUAUCCGCUUCCGGAGUACGAGUAUUGUACCGUACGAGUACGAGUACAGUACAUCACUAGUACUGUACUCGUACGCUACAGCACAGCAAAGUACUGUACAGUACAAGUACCGUGAACAGCAAUCCCACUACCACAUUGCUUUUUUUUUUCUUUUCCUUUCAACAGCGGCAGGUUCACCAGUCCAGUGAUAACGAGGAAGAAAGUCCCCAGAUGACGUCCCGCAUACGGCAAUGCCGUUAUAAUUAUUCCCGACGCAUAUCACGAAAACACUAUCGCGCGCCGGUACUCCAACCGUAAUAAUGCCCGAGCACAAGGCACAGCUCAUUAUGGGUCAGGGUUAGGGUACGAGGUCGGUCGGGGGUAGGGAAUUUUUGAGGCGGGUUAUCACAAUGCGAGGGAGGGGGGUUGCCUUGGCGAAUGGAAAUUCGGACGUUGGGUGGAGGGGAUGGGUUGGUGUCGUGUUUUUUUGUGUGAUCUUCGGUUUG